GCGCGCGCAUGCGCAGUGGGCGCCCCGGCACUUCCGCCGUUGGAGAAGGAGGCCCAGGGAGUUUGGAGAGGCGCUUCCUUGGCAACAGGCAGAGGGAAGACGUCGAAGAUGAAUUUUGAUGCGGCGAUGCUUUGAAGUCCCGAAGGCUCCGUGGUUCAAGUGGUGGUAUGAAAAUGGCCGCCUUGCCAGGGACCUCUGUCGGGCCUCCUCCUCUUCCUCCGCCGGACCCGGGGGCCGCGGUGUGGGAGUGGCAGGACGAGUGUGGGCGCUGGAGACCGUACUGCAGUGGUGUGUGCUGCUACAUCGAGCAGUCCUUCCAGGCCCUGGCGGCAAAGGGCCGGCGCUCGCUGGGGACCUGGCCCUUGCAAGGCAGCAUCCCCCUGGGGCAAGCGGACCCUGCUUUGGCCCCCUACGUCAUUGACAUCCCCAGUUUGACGCAGUUCCGACAAGAUACAGGGACCAUGCGCUUGGUGCGGCGGCACGUUUUCCCACUGGAUUCGGCGGCCGGGCAAGGUGUGGUCUGGGAGUGGCAGAACGACGAAGGCGGCUGGUUCCCGUACGAGAUGAACGUCUGCGUCCACAUGGAACAAGCCUUCGCUUUCAAGAGCCCCCAGGUGGACCUCGGUCCCUUUGGCUACAACUACGGGAUCGACUUCACUUCACUCACCCAGACCAACAAGGCGACCGGCUACCAGCGGCGCAUCCAGAGGCGCCUGGACUCGCCCUACCCGGUGACCAUGGCUUCGGGAUGGCCUCCUGUUCCUCUUGUUCCUCCUCCUCCUCCUCAUGCGGGAGCGUCGUGUUCGUGCCAGCAGUGCCUGCUCAACAGCGGGCCCGGGCCCAUUGCCACACGCUACCGGCACUCCAUCCUCAACCUUCCAGGCCCUUCCGCUGGGAGCGGACCCCGGCCCUUUGUCGGGAUGCAGGGAGUCGCCGGCAGGACUGCGGGGCUGGGCCACUCUCCAGUGGGCUUUGUCCCUUACAGCAAACCCAUCCUUUCCGGAGCUCGCUCGAUGCCGAAGCUGAGCGUUCACAGUUUGGGGGCGGCAGCACCGCAACCGCCGACAGUCAUUGGGCCCAAUCCGCCGCAUGGUGCACCCAAACCGGUCAGCAUCCCAAAGCUCCCCGUCAGCAUGUCCAGGCCCAGCAAAGUGAGCCAGGCCCUCUCAGGCAUGAUGGCCUUUCUGAUGUCCGUCCCGGGACUUCCGGUGCAGCUCGUCAAAGCUCAAAGAGGCUCUAGGAAGCGCCCCUCCGUUGUUAAGGGAGGCAAAGCUGUUGCCCUCGGUCCCGAAGAAGUGGUCAAGAAGUACGUGCAGGAGCUGAAGCCACCUCCCGCCGACGAGGACUGCAUCAUCUGCAUGGAGAAACUGAGCGCUCCAUCGGGAUACAGCGACUCCUGCGAGAGCCAAUCCCUGCAGCCGGGGAGCGUCGGGAGGCUGGACCGCUGCGGCCACACUUUCCACCUGCUCUGCGUCCUGGCCAUGUACACCAGCGGCAACAAGGAUGGCAGCUUGCAGUGCCCGUCGUGUAAGGCCAUCUACGGGGAGAAGACGGGCACGCAGCCCAGCGGGAAGAUGGCCGUCUCCACCCUCUCGGAAUCCCUCCCAGGGUACGAGGACUGCGGCUCCCUCGAAAUCAUGUACUUGAUCCACAAGGGCAUUCAGGGUCCGGAACAUCCCAACCCGGGGCUGCCAUUCACCGCAAGGGGCUUCCCUCGCUACUGUUACCUCCCGGACAAUGAGAAAGGACGGAAGGUGCUGGAACUGUUGAAGCUGGCCUGGCGGAGGCGGCUGAUCUUCACGGUGGGGACCUCCAGCACGACGGGCGAGAGCAAUACCGUGGUCUGGAACGAGAUCCACCACAAGACGGAGAUGAACUCCAACCUCUCGGGCCACGGGUACCCGGACCCCAACUACCUGGACAAUGUGCUGGCCGAACUGGCCGCUCAGGGCGUCACGGAGGACUGCUUGAGACCCUGAGACUAAGCGGCGUUGGGAUUCCUCGCGAACCGAGCGCCCCUCGUUGCCUUAAACCCCUUUUGCCCCGUUCCUCCCGAGCAAUAGAAGGUUUACAUGUGCACAUCUGUAAAUACACACCCACCGUCGGAUAAACAAACAAAAGAACUGUUUUAUCACA